UUGGUGUUCAUCACUUGUCUGUAUUCGGGUUCCCCUUCUCCGCCUCCUCGACCGCAAGAAAGGGAGGAGCAGAUUGCGGCAGCAUCGAGCGCCAGAUUUCGUCGCCUCCCCUUUGCCAAUGGAUCCCUUCUCGUUGCCUUCUUCGUCGAGCGCGUUGUCGGGGCAGUCGGCCCCGUCGCCCGAGGUCCUCAUGGACCAGCUCAAGUCCCAGCUUGCCCAGGCCUAUGCCGAAGAGUUCUUUGAGACAGUAAGGAGCAAGUGCUUUGUUAGGUGCAUCGCAAAGCCUGGAACAAGCUUGAGUGGAAGUGAGAGUAGUUGCAUCUCACGUUGUGUGGAUCGUUACAUCGAGGCAACCGGUAUCAUUGGUCGAGCUCUUUUCAGUUCACCUCACUAGUUUUAAACUUUUCUAAGUUCAGCAGGGUUUUGAACCCCCUUGCAAGAAUAUGCAUUCAUUCUUUUCAUGCGAUUAUUUUCGUCUUGAAUCACCAGCUAGUGGUGGCUUUGGACGUGGAACUUUAUAUCUUGUCGCAAGUAAGAAAACAAAUUUUGCAAUGUUAUUCCAAUAACUUUCUCUC